CUUGGGCUCGGCUUUUCCGAAGUUCCCACUCCAAUUUCCCAAAUUACGUACAAAACGACCGAAACAUUACCGACGCACCGAGGGUUGGAGGUUGAUCACCUCCACGCCCACUCACACUCAUCGGGCUAGCGAACCAGCCCAUGUUGCGCAUUCAACUGGCGCUUUACGGCCGGCUGCCUUCAAAUGCCACAACCACUUUAUACUCCGCCCGUCCGCCACGGCGCAACCUCUUUGCAUCGAUACGUCAAAGCCAAAGGUCAUUUCUCCACAAUAAUCGAUUCCACAGCCGGCACGGCAACGGGCAGCAACAGCAGAAACAGCGAGACUGGUCUUGGUGGUGGUCUGCUUUCAGGGCAGGUCCGCGUCAGCGUCAUGGGAACGCUUCUUGGAGACCAAAAGCCGGCUGGCUGCUCGUAGCGACUGUACCGGGCCUCCAUGUAUCGGGCCUCCAUGUAUCCACCACCUCUUUUACUUCCAUCGCUCCUCCAUCGCACCGCUCAAUUCCAGCCACAGCCACCGUUUUCCUCGCCGCCGCACCACUCGAAGUUGCCGACCAACGUACGACUUCGACAGGGGUAUUUUCUAUACCCAGGCGAGUGCUGGCUGCAACAUGGAGCGCGAUCCGUGUAUCAUGGCGCUUCUUGCAGCUCGCCGUUCUGUUUGGGCCGGUCAUCUUGACUUUUCCAAUAUGGUAUCUGACCGAAAGGAAAAGCUUCAAGUUGGGCACGACGCCAAAUCUGUGGUGGGUCGAGUACCUGGUGUGGAGUUUUGAGAUCAGUGGACCGACGUUCACCAAGUUAGGACAGUGGGCCAGCUCCCGCAGUGACCUCUUCCCAGCUUACGUUUGCGAAAUCCUCGGCCGACUUCAAUCCCAUGUCUCACCUCACUCCUUCAGUGCGACAAAGCGUAUCAUCAAGCGCGAGUACGGAGUAGCUCUGGAGGAGAUGUUUGAGGAGUUCAAUGAGAAGCCCAUUGGGGUUGGCGCCAUCGCCCAGGUCUACAAAGCCAAGCUCCGCCCAACAGCUCCAGGUGCCUCCGACUCUCCGACGCUAACCUGCGCCGUCAAAGUCCUUCACCCUGGGGUGGAAUGGCUCAUCAACGCGGACCUCAAAAUCAUGCACUUUGUCGCAUCCGUCAUAAACCUCCUCCCGGACGCCCAGUGGCUCUCCUUUCCCGACGAAGUCGCCAUGUUCGGCCAGAUGAUGCACGAACAGCUGGAUUUGCGCUGCGAAGCUGAGAAUCUGAACAGAUUCACCGAAAACUUCCGAAACCGACCCAAAGUCUCGUUCCCGUCGCCGUACAUGGCCCUGGCCAGGCGUACUGUACUGAUUGAGCGGUUUGCACAUGCGAUCCCGAUUCGCAAAUUUUUGGAUGAGGGGCAUACGCCGUUUGAUCAUGCGAUGGCGGAGAUUGGGCUGGAUUCGUUCUUGCGCAUGCUGGUUCUGGAUAACUUCGUCCACGCGGAUCUGCACCCUGGAAACAUAUUCAUCACAUUCGAUCGACCCUCAACAUCCAGCCAACUCUCCUCGCUCUUCGGGAAAUCAAACGAUAUAGGAGCAGAGCCAAACUCAAUUAGCCCGGAAGAAGUAUCCCACCUUGCGUCCCUACCAUCCGCCGAAUGGCACGUUGCCAUGAACGACCUUUUCAAAAAAGGCUACACCCCUCGCUUCAUCUUCCUCGACGCCGGGCUUGUCUCAACCCUCUCAACACUCAACCUCCGCAACUUCCUCGACCUCUUCCGCGCCGUCGCCGAAUUCGACGGCGAGCGGGUCGGCCACCUCAUGAUCGAGCGCUCACGCACCCCACAGACGGUGAUCAACCAGAAAGAAUUCGUAGACACGAUGGCAGAGUUCCUCAACACGGUGAAAUACAACACGCUUAAACUCGGGUCCAUCAAAGUCGGCGACAUUCUCGCGAAAGUGUUUUCGAUGGUCCGCACGCACCAUAUCAAGAUCGAAGGCGAUUUCGCUAACGUUGGUGUGUCGAUCGUUCUGCUGGAGGGUAUUGGACGCCGACUGGAUCCGGACAUCGACCUCCUGCAUGAAGCGCUUCCGAUUCUGCGCGAUGCGGCAAAGAUGGACAGGGGUGGGGUGUAUGAGGAGCCGUCGUUGAGGCAUUUGAGCGAAGGGAAGACGUAUUACAUGCUCAUGGCGUAUCGGUUUGCGAAGCCGAUAUCGCACAAUAAUAUCAUUCUCACCCCUCAUACGUAGAUUAAUGUAGACUGAUGUGUACAUGUAGAUGUACAAAAUAUGUAGUACUUUGGGUUCGACUUGAUGUGCGACACUGCGAGCAUUGUCGGUCUAGGCUGCGUUUCCGGAAUGUCAAAAAUUGGU